AUGAAGUCAACCGAGCGGGAUGACCCCAGGGGCAUCAACACACACACCAGGUCACGGACACAGCGUGUUCAACGGCGGUCGAGCCGGCAAGCCUCUUCUCAGGAUAGACAUGGCAAAAUAUUUGAAGAGCCAGAGCAGUCGACCAUCCGCGCAGUAACGCCAGAUUCAACAAUUUACACCACUUUUCGCAAUGAUUCUUUCGAUGCUACGCAGAUUCACUCGCCGGUCCAACAGGCGUCUCGAACGAAUAGUUCACAACGACGACGGGAGACUUUUGUGUCAGUGUCCAACACCGAUGAGGAGAGUACAGUCGAGAGAAGGAGACGGAGAGCUCAAACAAGAGCUGGCACCAAGGAGGAGCCUGUCUCGGAUACCUCGCCCGGCUCUUUGUUUUCUAAAACCCGCAAAAGACUGGGCUCUAUAACAACGGGCCCAGCUCAAGUCCAACGUCCCGAUGAGGCUUACGGGUCUAUUGGCUUUCCUUCGGUGGUUCAUAGUCCCGAGAUAUUAGACCAAGCCGACCCUCGCAACCCUCCCAGAACUCCACGGCGGCCUUUUUCUCCAGUGGAUAUGUUUACUGUGAGCGCACAGAGCCUCCGCUCACCCAAACUGCUUGACAUUGAUUCAGCCAAAAUCCUUCAUCUGAUGAAAACCACCUGUGGCCGAAUGCAUGGCAUUCUAUUUUUCAGACCCUUACACACGACAGCGUGGGCCUCGGGCUAUUGCGCAAUCAACGUGGCGCCUGGAAGCCUUGUGUGUCAAACCAAGGGUGAGGUCUCACAAUCCAAAACAUUGAUACCGGAUCUCCGAGGCUGCACCGUCAGGACUCAUUAUGACCAUGAAACUCAAAGCACUUACUUGAGCGUGUUGAUUGCUUCUUCAGGAACCGGUUACCAACUUCGGCCACCGGUUCCCGAGACAUUUGAUUCCUGGCUUGCGGCUUUACUUUGCUGGCAACCAUUGAGGCCCAAGGGCGUACACAAUAAGAUGACAAAACCUCAACCGACUAGCGCCAUCGACAAGAAGCCCGUCACCCAGAGACGGAUUUCGGACCUGAUGAACCCGAAAAGCACAGCCAUUGUCAAGGUCGGGAAGAUGCUUCUGUGGGACGGGCCCCUGCCCUCGGGCUCUCAAUUGGCGUCCUCUCCCAGUACCAUUGGUCGAUCAAUGACUGAGGAGAACUACCUUUGGCGCAGAGUGAGUUGCACCGUACAUGAGAACGGUACUUUCCGUCUGCUCGGAGAUGUUGAUUCUCAGGUACUUUCAGUGACGCCAUUGUCCCAACUCUCACGCUGUGCUGUCCAAAGACUUGACGAAAGCGUCCUUCGAAUGCCCCAUUGUCUCGCCAUUUAUCCUCAGUAUCGCGUACAAGCUCCACUAGUAAGAUUGUCACGGCCAAUGGUGUUGUGCCUCGAAUCCAACGUGGCUCUCGAGGCGUGGUAUGUUCUCCUUCGGGCUCUCACCGUCCCAGAGCUGUAUGGGCCAGAACAACCUAAUCCCGAGGAACCCCAAAACUUUUCACAUAACGAUGCUCGAAAUGAAAGGGAACAACCGACCCAGGGAAUGUUCCGUAUCGAACGUUCAUUGUCCGUCAAAAUAACGGAAGCAAAAUUUUCCCAACGCUUUGCUCCCAAGGAGCCUUACGAACACAGCAAGGCAAAGGGCAAAUCUAGCAAAGGAGACCAGGGAAAAGAAAGUGUUUAUGCGGAAGUUAUACUAGGCAAGGACUUGCGUGCCCGAACCUCCACAAAGCCUAGUGUGUCAUCGACCUUCUGGGCAGAAGAAUUCAAUCUAGAAGAUAUACCAGCUCCUCUGUCGAAAAUUACGAUUGCGGUGAAACUGGGAAAUCCUGCUGAAAAAGAGUGGACCAUGGUGGCUGACGGCUUAUACGAUAUCUCUGCUGAUGCUGGAUACCUCUCGGGUUUGGGCGGGCUGGAGAUUUCUUCUCAUGACCCGGUAUUUGGAAGAGUCGACGUCCCGAUAGACGAGUUGGAGCAUAGCGGCACACUCGAGAAAUGGUGGCCCCUGCUGGACAACAACGAUCACUCGGUCGGGACACUCUUGGCUAAGCUGGUGCUGCAAGAAACCGUGAUAUUGAUGGAAGAAGAGUACAAAGAACUAUCGUCACUUCUGCAAAGCUUCUCGAAUGGCUUGACGACUCAGAUAGCUCAGUUGCUUGGACCUGACCUGCGACAACUAUCUGAUAUUUUUUUGGAUAUUUUUCAGGCUUCUGGUACAGCUAGCGACUGGCUCAGCAAUCUCGUCGAGGAAGAAAUUGAUGGAAUUUAUAAAGAAACCCCGGCGAUGCGGAUGAGAUUCAGUGGUCGGAUACAUUCGAACGACUCAUAUGAAUCAGCCGAGCAAAGAGAGCUUCUUGUCCGAGACCUGAGUCGAUCGGCCACGAUGGAAGCCAAUCUCCUUUUCCGCGGGAAUUCGCUUGUGACCAAAGCGCUCGACGCUCAUAUGCGAAGACUAGGAAAGGAGUACAUGGAGGGUGUCCUAGGCGAAAAUCUUCGCAAAAUCAUUGAGAAGGACCCCGAUUGUGAGGUGGAUCCAAACAGGGCCAGGUCACAGGAACAACUUGACAGGAACUGGGCGAACCUUUUGUACAUUACCGGCGCCAUUUGGAAGUCCAUAUACAUUUCAGCAUCCCGCUGUCCGAUGGAACUGCGUCUUAUCUUGCGCCACGUUCGGUCCUGCGCCGAGGACCGGUAUGGAUCCUUUAUUCGAACCGUCAAGUACACUAGCGUGUCUUGCUUUCUCUUUCUUCGUUUCUUUUGCCCUGCGAUUCUGAACCCAAAGCUUUUUGGCUUAAUUCGGGACCACCCACCAGACCGCACCAAAAGGACCUUCACUCUGAUUGCCAAGUCGCUCAAUGUUCUUGCAAACACAGCCAGAUUUGGGACUAAGGAACCCUGGAUGGCGCGUAUGAACAGCUUUCUGGCCGCUUCAACUCAUGAAUUCAAGGGUUUCAUCGAUGAAAUCUGUGCUGUCAGUGCGUCUCAAACUGCUUCAGCAAGCCUCGAGCCUCAAUUUGCCGCGGCAAAUCAGAUACGAAACCGCCUGCCGCCUUUAUCGCGAGAGGGCUUACCAAGUCUCCCUUUUCUCCUCGAUCAUGCAAAAUUAUUGGCGCAACUUGUUGAUCUAUGGGUUGCUCAUGCCCCAGAAAAUAUCAGUGAGGCAACCGAUGACGAAGUUAUCCAUGCCUUUCAUUCUCUCUGCGUGAACCUGGGUCGAAAGAGCAGGGAGUGCUUCAAGGCCGCAGAGCAAGCCGAGCGACCAGACGAGAAUUCAGAAUCCACUUGGGAGCGCUUGCUCACAGACCAGCAGAAGAAUCUAUCACCCAGCAAUCCGUUGGAGGGGCAGCCCAUGAGAUCUCAUGCGGAUACGGAAAUUACCGCAUUGCCACAAACAGCAGACUCCAUGGUAGAUAUGGACUACAAAAACGCCGAGAUAUCCCCAAUAAUCGGCGAAGGAGAUACAACGCCUUCGAGUUCAGCAUCGGCUGCUUGGGACAGACGCAUUCCAUUUCCACAUCGAGCAACAGAAGCUCGAGCACUGACAGAUUCAACCAAUUCAUCAACAGCCUCAGUCGAUAUGAUCGAAGAGGCACGAUCGAGAGCAUUGCCGAGUAGUCGUGAUGGCCCAUCAAAGAAUCGCCUAUUCGACUUGAUGAGCUCCUCUUCACGCAAAAAGGCAAAAGCUGGAGACCGGAAUUAUAUGAACGACGACGGGAAUGAAAUUUGA